CCCCCUCCCUCCUCCGGUUCCAGCCUUUGAGGCCGCGCGAGUGUGAGAAGCUAUGGAGUAAGCCGGCGGCAGUGGCCAGGCGCCGGGGCUGAGCAGGAGCAGCCAGGAGGCGUUUGGGGGGGCGGGGGAAAAGAGCCCCAGCACCGCCCCUCCCGGGGGAGAAGGGGAAGAGGUGAGUGACCCCCCCCACGGGCACGGAACGACCUCCUUCACCGGCAGCGCUCUCGCUUGGGCUCCUCAAGCAGCGAAAAGGAAUGGGGAAGGAUCCGCGCCUGGGGUAACUAUAACUACCCAGAAUUGCAGCCAUGGAGUCCAUGCUUAAUAAGUUGAAGAGUACUGUUACAAAAGUAACAGCUGAUGUCACUAGUGCUGUGAUGGGAAAUCCUGUCACUAGAGAAUUCGAUGUUGGUCGACACAUUGCCAGUGGUGGCAGUGGGCUAGCUUGGAAGAUUUUUAAUGGCACAAAAAAGUCAACAAAGCAGGAAGUAGCUGUUUUUGUCUUUGAUAAAAAGCUGAUUGACAAAUAUCAAAAAUUUGAAAAGGAUCAAAUCAUCGAUUCUCUAAAACGAGGAGUUCAACAGUUAACUCGACUACGACACCCUCGACUUCUUACUGUCCAACAUCCUUUAGAAGAAUCCAGGGAUUGCUUGGCAUUUUGUACGGAACCAGUUUUUGCCAGCUUAGCCAAUGUUCUGGGUAACUGGGAAAAUCUACCUUCCCCUGUAUCUCCAGACAUUAAGGAUUAUAAACUUUAUGAUGUAGAAACUAAAUAUGGUUUGCUUCAGGUUUCUGAAGGAUUGUCAUUUUUGCAUAGCAGUGUGAAAAUGGUUCAUGGAAAUGUUACACCUGAAAAUAUAAUUUUGAAUAAAAGUGGAGCCUGGAAAAUAAUGGGCUUUGAUUUUUGUAUAUCAUCGACCAAUCCUUCUGAACAAGAGCCUAAGUUUCCAUGUAAAGAAUGGGACCCAAAUUUACCAUCAUUGUGUCUUCCAAAUCCUGAAUAUUUGGCUCCUGAAUACAUACUUUCUGUGAGCUGUGAAACAGCCAGUGAUAUGUACUCUUUAGGAACUGUCAUGUAUGCUGUAUUUAAUAAAGGGAAAGCUAUAUUUGAAGUUAACAAGCAAGAUAUUUACAAGAGUUUCAGUAGACAGUUGGAUCAGUUGAGUCGUUUAGGAUCUAGUUCACUUACAAAUAUACCUGAGGAAGUCCGUGAGCAUGUAAAACUACUGUUAAACGUAACUCCAACUGUAAGACCAGAUGCAGAUCAAAUGACAAAGAUUCCCUUCUUUGAUGAUGUUGGUGCAGUAACACUGCAGUAUUUUGAUACCUUAUUCCAAAGAGAUAACCUUCAGAAAUCACAGUUUUUCAAAGGACUGCCAAAGGUUCUGCCAAAACUGCCCAAGCGUGUCAUUGUGCAGAGAAUUUUGCCAUGUUUGACUUCAGAAUUUGUAAACCCUGACAUGGUACCUUUUGUUUUGCCCAAUGUUCUACUCAUUGCUGAAGAAUGUACCAAAGAAGAAUAUGUCAAGUUAAUUCUACCUGAACUUGGCCCUGUCUUUAAACAGCAGGAGCCAAUCCAGGCUAGCAACAUGAUUUUGUUAAUUUUCCUCCAAAAAAUGGAUUUGCUACUAACCAAAACUCCUCCUGAUGAGAUAAAGAACAGUGUCCUGCCAAUGGUUUACAGAGCCCUAGAGGCUCCUUCCAUUCAGAUCCAGGAACUCUGUCUAAACAUCAUACCAACCUUUGCAAAUCUUAUAGACUACCCAUCCAUGAAAAAUGCCUUGAUACCAAGAAUUAAAAAUGCAUGUCUACAAACGGCUUCCCUUGCUGUACGUGUAAAUUCAUUAGUGUGCUUAGGAAAGAUUUUGGAAUACUUGGAUAAGUGGUUUGUACUUGAUGAUAUUCUGCCGUUCUUACAACAAAUUCCAUCCAAGGAACCUGCGGUCCUCAUGGGAAUUUUAGGUAUUUACAAAUGUACUUUUACUCAUAAGAAGUUGGGAAUCACCAAAGAGCAGUUGGCUGGAAAAGUAUUGCCUCAUCUGAUUCCCCUGAGUAUUGAAAACAAUCUUAAUCUCAAUCAGUUCAAUUCCUUCAUUUCCGUCAUAAAAGAGAUGCUUAAUAGAUUGGAGUCUGAACAUAAGACUAAACUGGAGCAACUUCAUAUAAUGCAAGAACAGCAGAAAUCUUUGGAUAUAGGAAAUCAAAUGAAUGCUUCUGAGGAGACAAAAGUUACAAAUGUUGGGUCUCAGCAUAUUGACAAAGUCUUCAACAACAUUGGAGCAGACCUUCUGACUGGUGGUGAAUCAGAAAAUAAAGAGGAUGGGUUACAGAAUAAACAUAAAAGAGCAUCACUUACACUUGAAGAAAAACAAAAAUUGGCAAAAGAACAGGAGCAGGCACAGAAGUUGAAAAGCCAGCAACCUCUUAAACCCCAGGUGCACACACCUGUUGCUCCAGUCAAGCAGACUAAGGACCUGACAGACACAUUGAUGGAUAAUAUGUCAUCUUUGACCAGUCUUUCUGUUAGUACCCCUAAAAUUUCUUCUUCAAGUACCUUCACUUCUGUUCCUUCCACGGGCCUUGGUAUGAUGUUUUCUACACCAAUUGAUAAUACAAAGAGAAAUUUAACAAACGGCCUAAAUGCCAACAUGGGCUUUCAGACUUCAGGAUUCAAUGUGCCAGUUAAUACAAACCAGAACUUCUUCAGCAGUCCAAGCGCACCUGGAGUGGCCAAGAUGACAUUGGGAACACCUUCCACUUUGCCAAACUUCAGUGCUGUGAGUGUUCCUCCUGCUGGUACGAAGCUGACUCAGCAGAGACCCACAGAUAUGUCUGCUCUUAAUAAUCUCUUUGGCCCUCAGAAACCCAAAGUUAGCAUGAACCAGUUAUCACAACAGAAACCGAAUCAGUGGCUUAAUCAGUUUGUGCCUGCUCAAGGGUCUCCAGGUGUGGGCAGUUCGGUAAUGGGAGCACAGACACGCAUGAUAGGACAGUCUGCCUUCGGUGUGCAGACUAAUCCUUUCUUUAACCCGCAGAACUUUGCACAGCCGCCACCUACUAUGACCAGUAGCAGUUCAGCUAGCAGUGACUUAAAAGAUCUUUUUGGGUGAGGUGUCAUGCUCCUGUUUUUGAAGGAUCACUUCAGUUUUAAUCAUGGGUAAGCUGAUUUACAUCUAUAUAAUUGGCUUGGAGGAAGUACUUCUGUGGGAAAGUAAAUGGUCUUGUCUGACAGAAAAAAACCUGUUGUCAUGCCAGCAUAGUAGUUGUAUGGACUCUUUAACAGUUGAGGUUUUUAAAGCCUUGAGGAUUUUUUUCCUCUUACCAACUCCUCUUCAGGUUUUUAAAAGACCCAACCCAUAUCAAUCUCAAUGAGAAAAAAAGACACCUGAGUAUCUUGAAUAGCAGAAUUUUUAAAUCAAAUGUUUAUUUUGGCUUGUAAAUCUUGGUGUUAUUUAAAAAAUUGAGUUGAUGGUAAUUGCAAGUUUCAUCUGUUAAAUACUACAUGGUACACAGUCUGCCUUCACAAGUCAUUAGUCUUCAUUUUUACUAUGUGAAAAAUCUUGAUGCUGUAUUGAUUUGUUUGCAUUUAGUGUGACUGAGUGAGAAAAUGAUAAGCCUAACGAAAAGGAUCGGGUCAUUUGCUUUUCCAAUCUUAUUACUUCUCAGAUGAACUAAUGUUUAGUGCAAAAGACUGAGCAAAUACUGCAGCAUUUAACUUAACCUUGAUUUCAUUGGUUCAAACUAAGGCAUUAUUAACUAUCAUAAAUGCAAACUAAUCAUUGUAAAUUAUAUUUUAGCAUGGUCUGCCUCAAAUAGUAAUGUUUUUUUCUGCAUUUACUUGGAUAUGUUUAGAAUCACUUUUUUUCCUACUGUAUCACAGACAGAAGAGGUAGGUACUGAUUUGUACAGAUAUUUGACAAAGCCCUCUGAUGUGCUUUCCCUGACUACUGCCUCCAUAUUUCAUUUUGAAUUCAAACUUCUGAGGUUGCAGCACAUAUGAAUUGCAUUUUCAAAAGGAGAUUUGUAAGAAUUAAACUAUAUUUAAUGAGUAUACUUUUGAGAUUUCUGCUGUAUUGUUUCAAAUGUAAUAAACUUUACUUCUCUAAAAAUGA